AUGGUUUCUCAUCUUCAUCCCCAGCUCCUCGCCGAAUCCUCCUGCGACCCGGAUCUCGAGUGGCUCAAAGCCCGUUUUGGACCAUACUCCAUCGAAAACCCUCCGCCCCAGCCAAUGGAGAUCUCUGUCCGGGCCGGCGACUACCAUGCCGUCGCAUUCAUCCUCGCCAUGCGCAGGCGCUCUCGCCUCGCAGCCGUUGCUGCCUCUACGUCCGUCUCCGAUGUAUCAUCUUCAUUCACCUCUCUCACCUCAGUGCCGCCGAACGUCAAGGUGUCUUGGCCUAUUCAACGUUUUACCAACAGUCGCACCAACCAAAGCAGCCACAGCUCACAAAGAUCCUCCACCUCAAAGGGUGUCUACGCCGACAGCAACACCGCACCAUACAACAGCUACUACAGUAGAACGGCAAGUGGCAGCUACCGCAGGACUUAUAUCGACAACUCUGGACACCCUUUUGCACUCAUGGCCACCUCUUCCACAGCAGCAUACCGCCAACAGUCUGCCAUCUCUCAGGAAUACUCACUGUCGGCAGAGUAUGCGCUCUACGCCCGACCAGGACAACUCAUGCGGGACAAGCCUUUGGGCCAGAACCAGACAUAUCUCCACCUCGCAUGUCAAUACGUCAUCCUCGACGAUCCUUCUGUGCUCUGGAACAUGAUCGACAUCCUAAUUCAUGAGGGCUACGAUCCUAUGGCUUUGCGAGUUGACGGUGCAACGCCCCUGCACAUUCUCGUCCAGGAACAACCAGAGGCGCUCGAGUCCAUUAAACUGCUGGUUCAACACGGCGCUGAUGUGAACCAUGCGACAGAAAAAGGGCUCUCGGUGUUACAUACCCUCGCACAUUCAUACAGGUCUGGCUGUCUCGAGGCCAUGAAGCUGCUGGUUUCCCUUGGCGCAGAUGUCUCGGCUAUUAGUGUCCAUGGCUGGAGCGUCAUGCAUACCUUUGCUCGAUAUAACGCCGAGCCUUACGACUGCAUCAAGUACCUGAUCGAGCAUGGCGUCUCGGUCCAUUCACAGACGGACGAGCAAUGCACAGUCCUGCAUGCCCUGGCAAGGUGUAUUUUCAAGGGCGAAUACUCAAGGGCAAGUAAGGAUAUGCUUAAGACCAUCAAGCUGGUGGUAGAGCACGGAGUCGACGUGAACGCAAAGACGAUCAAGCAGUGGACGGCACUUCACUAUACCGCAAAGGAUAACCCAGACCCCGUUGAGGCGCUUGCAUAUCUUUUGGAGAAUGGUGCCGACGUCAACGUGAUUGGUGCUGACGGAUGGAGCGUUUUGCAUUGUCUGGUCCGAUACAACAAGUCGCCGCUAGCGGGGAUCAGAUUGCUCGUGAACGCAGGAGUCGAUGUUAACGUUCUCAAGGCUGGACAUGCAACCGCACUGCACUCGCUUGCAAAACAUUGCCAUGACCCCUAUGAGUCGUACGAGUCCAUCAAGGUGUUGCUGGAUGCAGGAGUCGAUGUCAACAAACAAGGGAAGAAAGAAUGGACGACCCUUCACUUCUUGGUCUACAGUAACAAGAAACCCAUGGCUGCAUUGAGACUGUUGCUCGAGGCAGGUGCGACCGUUCACGACAAGACAGCAGAUGGCUGGUCGCCGACACACUUGCUCGCCAACUCAAACGAGGAUCCAUUGGAGGCUCUCAAGAUUCUGGUCGAAUACGGCGCGGACGUGAAUGCAGUCGGCAAAAACGGGUGGUCCGUCCUGCACAGUGUUGCCAGAUGCACGCCUCAGCCGCUAGAGUCUAUCAGAUUUCUGCUGCAGUGUGGAGCGGAUCCGACAGUGACAACGCAGGACGGAUGGAGCAUCCUGCACUUUUUAGCCAACUAUUGCGCGAAUCCUUUGGAGAGUAUGCGUCUAUUAAUCGAGGCCGGCGCGGACGUCAACGCCAAGACAAAGAGUGACUGGACGUCGCUUCAUCUCGUCGCCCGCGCCAAUCAUCAACCGCUAGAGUUGUUCAAGCUGCUGCUGAACCACGGCGCCGAUGCUACGGCAAUCGGACACAAAGACUGGACAGUGCUGCAUUCCUUGGUGCGCUACAAUCCGGAACCGUACGAGUGUAUUCAAUUGCUUCUUGACGCCGGUGCCGACUUUACGAAAAAGACAGGAAGUGACUGGACAUGCAUGGAUUUGUUGACGCGGUAUUGCCCGGACCCUGUUCCCUCAAUGACGCUCCUACUCUCCAAGGGCGCAAAGCUGACACCGCAGUCCAUCUUCCAUGUAGCGGAGCAUAAUCAGGACCCAGUCGAGGUGCUCAACCUGAUUCUUCAACACAAUCCACAGGGAUGCUCGGAUCAGGACUCCAGAGGGAAUACUGCAAUGCACAUCGCUGUCAGCUGCCAAAAGAAACCCAUUUCUGCGCUGGAGACGCUUCUGCUGCAUGGUGCGGACAUUAAUGCCAAAGGCAACAUGGGGCGUUCGCCACUGCACGACGCGAUUGAACGGCCAGAUCAACAGGACCAGGAAGAACUGUUGGACUGGAUGCUGGAUCAUGGCGCCGACCCUUAUCAGACAUUCGAUGAAGGUGGACCUCUGACAGCAAUGCUUCUUGCAGCGAGGAUCGGGAAUGAGACCUGUCUCCGAGUGCUUUGGGACUGGGUCGGGGACGAGCUGACAAUGAAGGAAAUUGAGACGGCACGAUCGGAGGCUCAAGGUCGACGGGUGCGCGAGUUCUUGCGGAAACAGAUUCAGCGGCGGAGAGAGAUGAACUCUUUAGAGCCGAUCAAGACGCUAAAAGUGAGACGCAAGAAAAAGACUCCAGCACCUCCUGCAGCCAUAGCAGGUAUUUCAGGCACGGUGGUGAGUGGCACAAGCUUGGUACAGAGUCCGGUUGCUCAGGGAAGCGGCGACCAUGGACUGGCGGGAGCAGAUGGACUGCCACUAUCAAGCAGCGCAAGUUUCAGCGUACCUGGGUCGGUUGUUCCUGGUGGAGGAGAUAACUCGGGAGAGGAAGAAGAGGACGAGGAAGAUUAUGACGAGUUGGUGAUCAUUGGCCAUGGCGAGAAUGACACCGUUGACGAGGAGGCGGCGAGGAUGCGGUCCUUGAACGAAGAGACUUCGCAGCAUGUCAUCACAGAAACGCGAUCCACGCUUUGCUGGAGGGCUGCUCGAGAACAGUUUUUGAUCAAUGUCCGAUAG